AUGCCUAUCAAGUCGAUUAAAGCACGUCAAAUAUUUGACUCCCGUGGCAACCCUACUGUGGAAGUCGAUUUAGUAACUGAGUUGGGACUUUUCCGUGCAGCGGUACCCUCAGGAGCAUCGACUGGUGUACAUGAAGCUUUAGAGUUGAGAGACAAUGUCAAGGGUGAAUACCAUGGCAAGGGUGUUCUUACUGCCAUUAAGAAUAUUAACUCAAUCAUUGCUCCGGAACUGGUAAAACAAAAUCUGGAAGUAACUCAGCAGAAAGAAAUUGAUCAAUUUAUGCUUGGUCUGGAUGGCACAGAGAAUAAGUCUAAGCUUGGUGCCAAUGCAAUUCUUGGUGUGUCCCUAGCUGUAGCUAAAGCUGGUGCUGCCAAGAAGGGUGUGCCUCUUUACAAACAUUUAGCUGACUUGGCAGGCAAUAAUGAUAUUGUAUUACCGGUACCAGCCUUCAAUGUUAUCAAUGGUGGUUCUCACGCUGGUAAUAAACUGGCAAUGCAAGAGUUUAUGAUUCUGCCCACAGGUGCUGCUUCAUUCAGUGAGGCUAUGCGUAUGGGCUCUGAGGUUUACCAUCAUUUAAAGAAGAUCAUCAAAGAUAAAUUUGGCCUGGAUUCAACAGCAGUAGGUGAUGAAGGUGGUUUUGCACCCAACAUCCAAAACAACAAAGAUGCUUUAUUCCUUAUUCAAGAUGCGAUUAAACAAGCGGGCUACACUGGCAAGAUUGAAAUUGGUAUGGAUGUAGCUGCAUCCGAAUUCUUCAAAAAUGGCAGCUACGAUCUUGACUUUAAGAACCCCAAAUCUAACCCAGCGGAUUUUUUGUCAUCUGAAAAAUUGGCUGAAGUUUAUCUAGAUUUUAUUAAGGACUUCCCUAUGGUGUCCAUUGAGGAUCCCUUUGAUCAAGAUGACUGGUCUGCCUGGGCGAAUCUUACUUCCCGCACACCUAUCCAGAUCGUAGGAGAUGACUUGACGGUGACAAAUCCAAAACGUAUUGCCACAGCUGUUGAGAAAAAGGCUUGCAACUGCCUAUUGCUUAAAGUAAAUCAAAUUGGAAGUGUCACAGAGUCGAUUGAUGCUCAUUUGUUGGCCAAGAAAAAUGGAUGGGGUACCAUGGUAUCCCACAGGUCUGGUGAAACAGAAGACACAUUCAUCGCUGAUUUGGUUGUUGGGUUGUCUACUGGCCAAAUAAAGACCGGCGCUCCUUGCCGUUCUGAACGUCUGGCCAAGUAUAACCAGAUCCUUCGCAUCGAGGAGGAACUUGGAGCAGCCGCUAAAUACGCUGGCAAAAAUUUCCGCAGACCUGUU